UACUACAGAUAUUAUAGAUCAUAUACAUAAUAGUACUACAGAUGUUAUAGAGUUAGAAUAUAUUUUUAAAACUUUUGAUAAAGAUUUUGUAGAUAAUAGCAUUUUUAAACCAAAAAAUGUCUUAAAAAUGCAUAUAGAUAGUAGUAUUUUAGCACUGGA